UGCGUGCUGCGCGCCCGCCAGCCGUGGACGCCGUGCAGCCUUUCGCCGCGUGUGUUGCGCUCCGCUCCGGUCGCGUGGUCCAUGCGACGCCCGCCCCCGGCCGCUAAGCCGCCCUCCGCCACACACCCCAAGACCACGUCAGCAGUAUUGCUGUACGCCGCCAGCGACUGUGACACCAAUCAUCUCCAUUGGUGACGCAAUUGCAUGGACUGCAGUUCCAAUGAAAUAGGAGGUGAUCUACGUCUGAGCCGAGCCAUGGCUCACGUGUGGGCGUGCGUGCUGACGCUCUGCAGCGUAAACUUAGUUGCGCUCGGCUUCGAGCCGGACUUCCUGUACCCGCUGGAGAACGUGACGAUCGCGCAAGGCCGCGACGCCAUGUUCACGUGCGUCGUCAACAACCUCGGCGGAUACAGGGUGAGUGCCGACCUCGCCCCAGCCAGGGUGGCGUGGAUCAAAGCCGACACCAAGGCCAUCCUGGCCAUCCACGAGCACGUCAUCACCAACAACCAGCGGCUUUCCGUCACGCACAACGACUUCAACACGUGGACGCUCAACCUGCGUGGCGUGAAGCGCGAGGACCGCGGCCAGUACAUGUGCCAGGUCAACACGGACCCCAUGAAGAGCCAGACGGCGUUCCUGGAGGUGGUGAUCCCACCGGACAUCAUCUACGAGGAGACGUCCGGAGACCUCAUGGUGCCCGAAGGAGGUUCGGCGAAGCUGGUGUGCAAGGCGCGCGGCUACCCCAAGCCCAAGGUGGUCUGGAGGCGGGAGGACGGCGGCGACAUCGUGCUGCGCGGUGGCCAGACCUCGAAGACCAGGGCAGUGCAGUCGGUGGAGGGGGAGGUGCUGACGCUGACCAAGGUCACCCGCUCCGAGAUGGGCGCCUACCUCUGCAUCGCCGCCAACGGCGUCCCGCCCUCCGUCAGCAAGAGGAUGAUGGUGCACGUGCACUUCCACCCACUGAUCCAAGUGCCGAACCAGCUGGUGGGGGCGCCCACCGGCACGGACGUAGCCCUGCAGUGUCACGUCGAGGCCUCCCCCAAGGCCAUCAACUACUGGACGCGAGACACGGGGGAGAUGAUCAUCGCCAACGACAAGUACAACAUGACGGAGAUCAACAGCUCCUUGUACAGCGUCCAGAUGAAGCUGGUCAUCCGCAAGAUCAAGAAGUCCGACCUCGGUGGCUACAAGUGCAUCUCCAAGAAUUCCAUUGGCGACGCGGAGGGCAACAUCCGACUCUACGAAAUGGAGCUGCCAAAGCGUGCUAAGAGUGCGCUCGAUGGCCUAGACGAUGGGGACAGUGGCUCCGAAGCCGAGUCAUCCGGGGAGGCAGACCUGGAGGAGAACAGCCCACGGCUGUACAAUGGCUACCGGGAAUCCCUGCGAGAGACGGCGGGAGGCCCGGGAGGAAGCGACUCUGGGGGCGGGCUAGGUGGCGGUGGUGGUGGAGGUGGCGGCCUCGCACUCACUUGGCUGCUGCCACUACUGCACCUGCAGCUGUGAGUUAUCUGCCUCCAGACCCCAGGCACCACCGCUCACUACUGUCUGCUGCCACUGCCGCACCUGCAGCAGUGACACCUCCAGACCCCUGGCACCACCGCUCACUACUGUCUGCUGCCACUGCUGCAUCUGCAGCAGUGACACCUCCAGACCCCAGGCACCACCGCUCACUACUGUCUGCUGCCACUGCUGCACCUGCAGCAGUGAUGCCUCCAGACCUCAGGCUUCACUGCUCACUAAUGUCUGCUGCCACUGCUGCACCUGCAGCUGUGAGUCAUCUGCCUCCAGCCCCAGGCAUCACCGCUCACUACUGUUCAUUGCUACACCUACAGCAAUGUGUCGUCUGCCUCUGGACCCCAGGCACUGGCUGUUUGACCUGCAUUUGUGAGCUGUCUGCCUGUGGAUCCUAUACUAUCCACUGCUGCAUGUGUAGCUUUGGGUUAUCCCCCUCUAGGCCACAGUCACCGUUGCUCAUUAAUGGACAGCUGUCUGUUGGUAAUUCAGCUACAGUGGUGGGCUCAGGUAUAAGCCAUACCGUGACAUGUUAUGGGUGUGAUGGGUGUCUGGUACCUUCUGUGGAACUAUUUGUCACACUACCAUAUUUGAAACAUCUCUACUGAUACUGCCAAUUUGUGACUCAGACCUUUGCUACCAGUCAUGUCUAAAAUUAUUUCUUAAAUUUCACUGUCUCCACAACCACAAAACAAUACAUAUGAUGAUGGUGAGUGUGUUCAGUAUUUAACUUCACUAACUAAUUACCUUUCCUGUCAGUCACCAUUUAGGUAAUAAAUUAAUGACUUCCAUAGAUAUGGUGUAUCAAAUUCUCAAUUAGCGUUCCACUCUUUGGGGUCCAGUUCGGCAACUGGUUGUUAGUUGCAGAUUUUAAUUAUUCAUGUCUCCUUGAUCUUCUUAUCAUGUGUUUAUAAGUCAUAUAUCUAAGAGCUUCCAUAAUUUCAUCAACGUCCUUCAUCUGUUGGCUCUACCUCAGAAACUGCCAGAUACUACUAAAAUGGUUGCCUAAUGUCUGAACAGAAAACUUGUAAUAUUAGCUCAACUUUUUAUGACAGUUUGCCAUAAAUUUCUCUUCACACUUCCUCAUCUAUAAAACACUUUUUUGUGUUCAUGUGAGUUUAUUUGAUUUUCUGAAAGAGCUUACAUCACAUUUCAAAACAAUAUUUUUUUCCUCUGCAUUUACUACUGUUUGGAUCUCACAUCAAUAUAAAGGCCCCACUCCAAACAUGCAUUGUCAGAGAUUGUAUACUGAUUUGUCAGUUCUUAUCUUUACAGGUUAAUAUCUUCUUCUCUUUAGUAAAAGUACAUUUUCCAUGAGGAAUUAUACUUCUUCAGAGCUUCGUUCCUUUCUAAGGUUCUUGCUAUCAAGAUAAAUAAACCAGUCAAUUUGUUUUCAAUUAACUCAUCAUCCACAUGUGUUUGGAAUAGCACUUGCCUUACUUAGUCACCUUUGGUACACAUUGUUUAUUAUUAAAUUAUACUUUUCUAACAUAAUUUUAUCCAUUUUACUCAUGAUGGCUCCAACAUAUUUCUCCCUUUCAGCUGUUACAGCUAUGUCAUCAACAUAUCUCUGCCUUUUUGUUGUUUACCAUCAAGGCUUCAGUUCUUGUAUUGUGUUUCCCAAUAUAUCUCAUUCGCCAUGGUAGCAACUGAGCAUGUUAUUAAGGAUUCAGUCGUAGGAUAUCAGAUGCACAAGAGUGGAACAUUCGUAUUUUUCAUCAGAAAUAUUUUUUUUUUUUCCUGAAGUCCAGCUGCUCGACUGUUGGGAUAUGAUCAUAUUCUUUAGAGCCCCAUUUCUCGUAACACUUGCAACUAACCUCAAAAAAACUGAUUUUCUCUACAUGGAUUCUCACUACCGUCUUAUCUUAAUACUCAUUGCUCAUAGCCAAUAUAUUACUUUGUUAUAUACAUUGCUGUUUAGAAUUUCAUUGUGCUCUCCUUCCUAGUUUCCUUAUCCAAUGUAAUUCUACAAGUUCCUCAUAUAUAAUUAAUAUUUUACAUGUUGCAUUCGAUGUGUGCUUCUUGAGUGCACAAUGCUUUGCAACCUAUAAAUUUGAAUUGUUUAACAUCGCCAAGGGAGUUGGAUUGACAAGCACCUUCCAGAUGAGGACACUGCAGAGGACGUUAUUUAGGACUUAGAUAAGGAGUAUUUAAAAUGAAACGUUUGUGCAGCAGUAGGUAAUUCGGUAAACCCUCAUUGUAGAAUUGGUUCCUGAUCAUGUAUGAUAUGAUUAACUGCAGAGUUUUCUUAUGAAAUGAAAUAAAUAUACAAGCAGUGUUUGAAUUGGUAUAACUGAUGAUAAGGUCUUGAUGUCCAGCAUCUAUGGUAACUAUUAAUGUAUUGAGUCCUGGCUAUGCCAAAAAGUUAUGUACCGUUAAGUACUUAUUUAUAUUGUGUUCUUUCUUUUCAGUACUUCAUAUUAAUUUCAGAGAAAUGACAGCAUACAUUAAUCUGGGGAAACAGUAGAUAUUCUUAUUUUUCUGAAGGAUUUUCUAAUAUGAAAAGGGUGGCAUUCAUCUUCAAAUUCCAUAGCUCUUUGUAAUCUCAUUUAUAAAUUUAUGUUCCAUGUCUUGUAGAUGAGGCACAAAUCAAUCUUGUCAGACAGGAUAAAUGUAUAUCCAUCAUGUUUCGAACUGUUUGGAGGCGAGGAAUAAGACAGAUGUAUCAUAAUUGUGUUUUUUAUGUAUUUUUUCCACGCAACUAUUUUCUUAUCAGCUUAUCACCAGCUUUGCGUCUUUAGCUCGUGCAUUAUGCAGAAUCUAACCAAUAAGCAGAAACUGCUCUGAUGAUAGCAUACAAUUAAAUGAAGGUUAAUGACUACAAACACAAGUACAAUUUCUUCUGACAGGUGAUACCUGAUCUGUGUUUAUUAUCCUAACAUUACCACACAUCAUUUACGAUUGCAGAUGUAGUCGAAAUCGACUAUGCUUAGUGGUUUUUGAGCUUAUAGUAACACUCUGACAGCAUCGAUGGAAUUAACAAAGAGCCAUUGACAAUCCAGAUUUCGAGAAAAUUUGUCUUUUAGAACACUUGGAAGGUGCUUGUCUUUCCCAUCACAGCGUAGAUGCAAUUGCCGUCAUCGACUUUUGCACGAUUUAUUUGGAAGUGAUCAAUUAAACAGCAUUGCAGUUUAAUUACCACAUGCAUAUAGAACGCAGGAGAGCAAUACAGUGAAACACUGAAUAGUGCAGUGUCAUUAACUUUAUAAUUUUCCAUGGUAUGACCAUUAACGUUAGGUACAACGUUCUCGCAUAUCCCGGUGAUGUCUAGAAACAAUGCAGAUUUAUGUUCUUUUAUUUAAUGGUGCUGCCGUGUUGAAACUUUUGCAAUACACUCUUAACACAUACACUCUCAAGAGAGUCUCCUGCAAACAAACGUAUAUGCCUAAUCACAAAGAUAUAAACUCUUGAUAUUUUGCCAAUACCACCAUCCAAAAAUUAUUUCUUGAAUGCCCACAAUAUUUCUGACACAUAAACUAUGUGUGUAUAUUUAUGCAACGUUAAAACUGAUCCUAAUGGCAUAUAAGUUAAACUGUAUUAGAAAUCAAAUAACCACUUAGUGUGACGCUUGCCAGAGCAAACAACUAAGGAAAUUUUCAAUGCUUGUUUCUUAAUUGAUGGGAGUGCACAGAAAUUUCAUACAUUUCGUUAGGUAGUCAAAUGUCUGAUUGACGCAGAUAUCAAACGUAGGUUUCAUGUGUUCGCUGGAAGGUUCCUUGCAUCUUCUCCCCACUUAGUCGUAUUCUGAAGGGUACCAAAAUUUCUGUGUUGAAGGUUUAGGGGUAUUCAUAACAACAAAAAUGCAACUCAGAUUGAAAAUUAAAAUUUAGUGAAGUUCGGUGGUCUUCACGGUGGUGUACUUCCAUCUUUCCUUCACAGAACCCCGUCCUUAAAAAUAUCUGCUUUACCAGGAAUACUUGUGAAAAUUUGAACCUGAUGCGGCAAACUGUUGUCCCCAUCGUGUUGUAUAUUCAGCCAAUAAGACGAUAUAACCGUAACGAAACCACAAGUCGUUUCGUCCGUCACGGAGAGCCAUUUUAUUCGUCAUGGAGAGCAGAAAUCAUCAUUUGUGUUGUCAAAUAACAUUUACAACACAAUCGAGACAAAGAUAGUGUCCAGGAGGUUAAUCACUCAGUAAGACAUUGUAUGUGUAGUGGGAGACAGUGGACUCAGUGUGUUACAAAAAUGAUGUGCAAAUUGAUGUGACUUUAAAGUGAAGUGUUGUUGUAAAGUAGACAGUCACCGAUUCGUUUCUAUGUGCCAAAUAAAAGGCUAUUCUGUAGCACCCCAGCCCCCCUCCUAUUUCCCUCGUCCAGUGUCCCCAAAGUGACUUUGCAGCCAUAUACAUAUCGUCAACAAAGCAGACUGCAGACAAUGCCCCCGCCCACAUUGUGUCUGGUAGCCGUGUUUGACUUGGCUUGGCGGUGGUCAGCACGCAAAUGUUGAACACAAGGCUCUCCCGAAGAGCCUCGUGUUGUCCAUACUCUCGGCUGUGUACCGCAAAUAUCAUUUAUGUUAAGUAGCUAGACGUUGGGUGCGCGGUGUGGUGCCUCAUGUUAGUUGACGAUAGCAUAUAGGUGUCCUGCUGAAUGCGGUAAAUGUUUGCUGAACCAAAACGUGCGUGUACAACCUCUAACCACACAGUAUGUUGUUCAGUUGAUGCGCUGUAUGUGUGUGUUACUCUACUCUUAUUUUAGACCAUGGCUUAUCUCUAUAUGUUGACAAGUGGGCUUUAUUAAUGGAAAAUCAUCAAAUGAUUAAGAUAUAAAAUUAAUUCAUUUUGAUGUUGUCAUGGUAGUCGUUUCUAAUAAUGACCUACACAUUCAUUGACCUAAAUAUUCAUUGACGCCGAGAAUUCUUUGCUGGAAAAAAACUGUAUUGACUUGAGGGUGUGAAAGAAGUAUUCUAUAAAGGAUGUGUAAUGUACAUUGUAAGAUUACCUUUCGCUUUGCAAAUUUUAAUGCCAAAAAUGAGAAAUUCAUCUAUUCUUACAGGAAACAUUACAAGAGCAGCUUCCACUUUUAAACUGAUCCCUGUGAGGUUAGAUAUUGUUGCUAAUAUCAAAGUUUCUCACAACAAAGACCAUAACAAUUAAAAAUCAGUCGCACUAUGUAUUUUACAAAGUAAUUAUCCAAACACCUGUUCUGUAGUUAAUCAGAUAUUUAUUACUGCUUUCAAACUGAAAGGAAAGAAAAAAAUUAAAGGCCUGCAUGAAAUACUUUUAAAGAUGUUGUUAUUUUCAUUGGUUAUCUGUCUGAACUGAGCAUUUAAGAGUAUGUCAAAUGCAAUGUGUAACAAAAGAAACCUUCCAAGAAAAAUGUGAUACGUCCCUUGUCCUUGCUUGUUGAACUAAAAGAUUCAUUAAAGAGAAGGAAACCAGUGAGUUAUUCAUAAAAUUCUUAGUCCAGUGUUCAAAGUUUCCAUUCUUGAUUCUAAGGCGUGUGUGAUGUAAUUUACUCGAUAAUGUUGUCUUCCUCUAAGAUAAUACUCGAAUCUACUUUCACAUGAAAAAGGCGUCAAUUAAGGAACUUAUCUGUGAAGCCAUUCAGUGUCUAUAAUCAGAUGUAACAUUUGCUGCUGAUGACUUGCCGAUUUGUGAUUGUUGUCUGCAUGCAUGUAAAUAAGUCCUAUGUAAGUAUCUACGCAACGAAAGAAUAAAAAAUAUAACAAAAAUAUAGAUCAUAAUAGAUAAUUAUAUAUGCGUUGAAGUUGUACGAAUAAAGAUUUUA